AUGGGGAAAAUCAAGAAGAAGGGAGUCGCUGGCCAGGCCAAGAACUUCAUAACAAGAACCCAAGCGGUGCGGAAACUUCAGAUCGCUCUCCCCGAUUUCCGCAAGCUCUGUAUCUGGAAAGGAAUCUAUCCCCGCGAGCCACGGAACAAGAAGAAAGCUUCAAAGUCUUCAAGUGCAUCCACUACCUUCUACUACACCAAAGACAUCCAGUACCUUCUUCACGAACCGCUUCUGCAAAAAUUCCGCGAGCAAAAGGCGCUUGAAAAGAAGAUUUCGAAGGCUUUGGGCAGAGGAGAUGCCCACGAUGCGUCGAGACUCGAGCGCAAUGCCUCCAGACCAGAGAAAACAGGAAAGCCUAAAUAUACACUCGAUCAUGUCAUUCGCGAGCGGUACCCUACGUUUAUCGAUGCGCUGCGAGAUCUCGAUGAUUGUCUUUCCAUGCUAUUCCUCUUCGCAAACCUCCCAUCCACCUCGACCGUCCCCGCAAAGAUGAUUGCAAGAUGCGAGCGGCUGUGUCUUGAAUUCGAGCACUACUUGAUUGUGUCUCACAGCCUGCGGAAGUCCUUCUUGUCCAUCAAGGGGAUUUAUUACCAGGCGACCAUCCAGGGGCAGGAUAUCUUGUGGCUGGUGCCGUACAGAUUCAACCAGAGGGUUACUGGCGACGUGGAUUUUAGAAUAAUGGGCACCUUUGUCGAAUUCUACCAAACAUUGUUGGGUUUCGUUAAUUUCCGUCUCUACACAUCAGUUGGAUUGGUCUACCCCCCAAAGUUCGAUCAAAACAAAGAUGAUCUGGGCGCAGAGCUUGGGGCAUUUUCGUUGGAGGCAAAUGCUGUUGGUGCGAUCGAACAGCCAAAGCAAAUCACAAAUGGAGAAAUGGCUCAGCCAGAUCCCAAGCUUCAGUCUGAGAUAGACAAGCUCAUGUCGCAAUUGAACCGGGCUGAAAAGGAGCCAUCGCCAGAACCAGUUACGAGUCAGACUUUGGCGGAUGGGGAGGAUCAGCCAACGGACACAAUUGAUAAAUUCGAACCAACUGCACCUGGAGGAGAUAUUCUCCUGCAACCUUCAUAUUCCGCAACCGACCCUUCUACACUGUUCUCGAACUUCACAUUCUUCCUCUCCAGAGAGACCCCACGUCAGCCUCUAGAAUUCAUUCUCCGAGCUUUUGGGUGUAAACGUAUAGGCUGGGAUGCGGUUUUGGGCGAAGGGGCGUAUACUCAUAACGAGCUAGACCCAUCAAUAACUCAUCAAGUUGUUGACCGGCCCCCCAUUCAGGUCGACCCUGACAAUGAGGAAGAAGUUGAAGAUAACCAGACAUCGCAACGAUUAAAGCCUGGUUCCCGGGUUCCGGGAAGAAUAUAUGUCCAGCCCCAAUGGGUGUGGGAUUGCGUCAAUGAUGAGGAGCUAAAGCGACCGGAUUUGUACGCCCCUGGAGCUCAAUUACCUCCUCACCUGAGUCCUUUCGUAAAGAAAGUCCGUGGUCAAUAUGAUCCUAGCGCGCCACUCAAUGAACAGGAACGUGAAGGCGAGGAGCUGGAGGUGGACAGUGAUAUGGAUGAAGAGCCGGACGUUUCAGAUGUGGACAACAUGGCCGUGCAGAAGCCUAAUGCCCUCCUUGAGAUGGAUAUCGAUGCGACUGCUGAAGGCAUGGAUAUUGCAGGUUCCGAGGAGGACGAGCCUGAAAAGUCCGACGCUGAAAAUUCCUUUGGAGGUUUCUCAGAUGCCGAGGAGGAAGAGGAAGACGAGGCUACUUCAACGGCUCUUCAGAGACAGCGAGAAUUGGAAGCUGAAUUAACAGGCGUUGCACUCGAAGACAAGCAAAUUGACCCCAGAGCCAAGGCCAAGGCUGAUGCUAGGAAGAAAGCAGCCCAGAAGACAAGGGAGGAAGACGAGGAAUUGGAGAGAGCAAAGAUGAUGAUGAGUCGCAAGAAGAGAAAGAUCUUGGAGAAGAUGGUCUAUAGUAACAAGAAGAAGGACGCUGAGGCUGAGACGCUGAGAGCUAAGAGAAGAAAGAUUGAGAAGGCUGGGAAAGGCAUCCUGAAGAACUGA